GGGUUGUAUUGGGGUAAUUGAAUGAUUAUUCGGGGUAAAUAAAAAAGUUUUAUCUUACGACAGAGACAGACCAGAACAGCUGUUCGUACUUGUGAUCUUCGGGAAUUCUCACGCACGCGUUUUGUGUGUCAUGUGGUCGUUAUGUUAAAUGUUCAGUUAAAGGUACGUCAUGGCGGCAAACAGGAGUGUUUCUGUUCUUGCACCCAAUGGUCGACGUCAAAACGUCAAAAUAACACCCAACACUACAAUUUUGCAGGUCCUCGAGGAAGUCUGUCAGAAGCAGGGGUUCAGCUCGAAAAAAUGGGAUCUCAGACACUUCAAUCAGACCCUCGAGGCGAGCUCGAUUUUUCGGUUCACUGGACUUCCAAAUAAUGCGCAGUUGGAGAUGGUGCAGAGGAAUUUGGAAAGGGAGUCAUCGAAUGUGACUAUUGGCAUUCAACUGGAGAAUGGACAGAGGGUCAUGGGGGAAUUUUCCUCGGAGACGACCUUGAUUGAAAUUGUCAGGAACCUCUGUCCUAGGGAGGAGGAUGGAAAUACUGUGAUUACUUACAUGCACCAGGAGAUUCAUGGGGCUGAAAAUUUGAGCACCACAUCCCUGCAAUCCCUGGGUCUGAGUGAUGGACGUGCCAUGUUGAGACUUCUUCAUCGUGAUUUAGAUAAAUUAACAACACAAGCUCAUGUUGCUGGUCAACUGCCCUCAAAGUCGAACAAAUCCAAUGAAAAACCUCAAAGGAAAGGUAACAGCAAUACAGCACUGCAGCAGGCGAGCAAUGCAGCUAAUAAUAUGGUAUCGAAUGUCAAGAAUCAAGUGAAGAAGGCGUUUGAUCCCAUCGCGAUGUUGAAGAAUGAAAAAGGAGCGCAGAAUAAAAAUUCUCGAGGUUCUGGGAAGCGAUUUGUCGGUGGUGGAAAUGUUCUGGGGCAUGGGAACACAGGGGAACCAGAGCCAGAGAUUAAAAAUUAUAAAUCCACUCAACCGAUUUCUCCAGGGGCUGAGGAAGACCCUGAGAUGGAGGAAGAAAUCACUGAACCUAUCCAAUACUUGGGAGAGAGAAAUGCGUUGAUCUUCGAUCAGGCGGAGGCCCAGGCGAUUCCUUGUGAAAAUCUUCCUGAUAAUUUCUACGAUCUUACCGUGGAUGACGCUAAGACUCUUUUGCGUGAUGCUAAACGUCAGAGAGAGGCUUUCGAGGACAACCCAUUACUCACAAGUGCCCAACGUGAAUUAGAACGCACCCAGUCAACCCUCAAUAAGCUCCAUAAAUACAGGAAAACGAUAAUUAGGAUACAGUUCCCUAGGCAGAAGGUUCUCCAGGGAAUAUUUGGUCCGGUGGAGACUGUCCAGCACAUUAAGGACUUUAUUAAAGAAUAUUUGGAGAACUGUGAGAAGGAUUUCGAUCUAUAUGUCACACCUCCAAGGAAGAAUCUAUCGCCAUCAAAUCGUCUGAUUGAUGAGGGCCUCGUCCCCUCAGCAAUAAUUUACUACUCAGGAACAUCGGACCUGAAGCCAGAAUUAAAGAGCAAAUUGGUGGAUCCCAAAAUUGCCAGUGUCCAAGCCAUAAAAUCCAGGUAA